UUGUCUACUUUGUCUGUCCGUCUAGGAAAUGUGAAAAUUUCGAAUCAUCCUAUACUUCAUGAUUUUCUUAGAUGUACAAUAAUUCAUAGUGCUUGUGAAUUGCUGCAGAAGUUGAUAAUUAUAUUUUCAACAAAUAGUUAUAUCUGUUUUGGACAUUUCAUGGUCAUGGUUGUAAAGCCUCAAAGUGAAAUGAGUGAAACAACCAAAAAAGUGGAUCUAGGAUUGCUUGAAGAAGAUGACGAAUUUGAAGAAUUCCCUGCUGAAGAUUGGACUGCUAAAGAUGAAGAUGAACAAGACGUUAAUGUCUGGGAAGAUAACUGGGAUGAUGACAAUGUUGAAGACGAGUUUAGUAAUCAGUUAAGGGCUGAACUGGAGAAAUGUGGACAUAAGGUUAAUGGAAGUGGUGAACCAAUGAAAUCAUGAUUUUUUCAUCCAUAUUGAUACCUCAUUUUCUUUAUUAAAAUUCAUGGUAUAAAUUGUG